UGUUUUCCAGGGCACCAGGAGCUCAGAGGCAUGUCGGGGAAGCCCAGGCUUACCUACUGUAAUGGGAGGGGGCGAAUGGAGCCCGUGCGAUGGCUGCUGGCUGCAGCCGGCGUGGAGUUUGAAGAAAUUUUUUUGGAAACAAAAGAGCAGUAUCAGAAGUUAAUCAAUGAUGGAGUCCUGCUGUUCCAGCAAGUGCCCCUGGUUGAGAUCGAUGGGAUGAAGAUGGUGCAGACCAGAGCCAUCCUCAGCUACAUAGCAGGGAAAUACAAUCUCUAUGGGAAAGACUUGAAGGAGAGAGCCCUGAUUGACAUGUAUGUAGAAGGAAUAGCAGAUCUGAUGCAAAUGAUUUUGAUGUUUCCUUUCUCUCCACCUGAGGCAAAGGAGAAAAAUCUUGACUCAAUUAAGGAGAGGGCAACUAACAGGUACUUCCCUGUCUUUGAAAAGGUUUUGAAACAACAUGGCCAAGACUUUCUCGUGGGCAACAAAUUCAGCUGGGCAGAUGUUCAGCUAAUGGAAGCUAUUUUAGCAGUGGAGGAGAAAAUACCUGCUGUGCUAUCGGGGUUUCCUCAGUUGCAGGCUUUUAAAGUAAGAAUGAGUAAUAUGCCUACAAUUAAGAAGUUCCUGCAGCCCGGCAGCCCAAGGAAACCCCCACCAGAUGAACAUUAUAUAGAAACUGUUUUGAAGAUUUUUAAGUAA